AAUUUGAAAAAAAGAUGGAAGAUGCAAAUGCAGUUUUUGAUCGCAUAAGCAGAGCUUUUAGUGAACUACACAUAACAAAUGACAAUGGCAACGUUACAAACAUGGCUCAGGGCCAAGAGUCGAGCGGCAGUCACAACCUAUCGUGUAGUGAGCCCCAAAGAGAGACUGAUGUAGACAGUAGUGACGACACGGACGUUAUUGUUGCGGAUUCUUCUUUAGAAUCGUCAGAGGUACACUCUGUCUUUUCACAUUGGAGCGACACGGAAACAGAUUCUACAGCUGAGAGGGCCACUGACAACAAUCUAGAGUCUGAUGAAGACAUCAUACCCGAAACCGCAAGCGAGACCGAAAGCAACACAAGUAGCAAUGUGUAUAGCACUAUGGACAACUUUAUGAGCACACCUACUAAACGUAAGCAUGACGGCUACUGCCGCAGCAGACAGGAUAAAUCCUUUAGAAACAGUCUUGCGAUAACUUUUAGUCCCAAGGAUCAUGCGUCACCAGUUGUUCCUUCAACGCCAACGCCAACAACAAGAACGCGCAGUGGGCGCGCUGUUCGCACUAUGUUGGAUAACAAGUUCGAUUAUUCCUUGAAGCAGCAAGAUGAAGAUGAUGAGGAUUCAUUAGAUGAUACAGAUGAUGACCCAGACUUUAGUGACACUGAAGAAGAAGAAGAAGACGACGACGAAGAAGCGCUACUAGAGCCCAGCACACCCAAAAUCAAACAACGCCGCAUCUCGUUUCAUAGUAGCAGCGAGACCAGCCCUACGGAAGAGCACCCUCUUAUUUACCUCAAUCUACGCCAGCCUGUAGCCAUAGUGAGCUCCAAGCCAACAGCAGACCCAAGAGUUGAUGAUGAUGUGGAACUGCAAAAGCGCAUGAAAAAGCUGUUAGGCUUAGCUUCAACGCAGCGACGACUUUACAAUCCUAUGCAAAACUAUGAUAUUCCUGAUGACCAUAUGAUUGAAGAUACGCCCGCGCUAACGCUCAGCAGCCGGCUAUAUCCUAGCAGUAAUGCACCCACUUUUCUGUUACCGAAAGUCAAUGGCACUAUAAAUGCAGUGCCCAGUCCAAUGCGAGCCGUCAGACCUGCUGUGCUUAACGCCAGCACCCUAACAGAUAAUAUAAGUGCCCUAAUCUUGCACAAUAUCGUGCAGCGUGCUAAUGCAGAUUACUUUGAAAGUCAGACGCCGCAGCACCUCAAAGAGCCCAUAGAUCUGAACGACUUGCCCAGUACAGACCAGCGGGCUCACAACUGUAAAAAGCACCAAAAAAUCAUAAGCCAAUUGCAACCCAAUCCGGAGCUAUACAGCUUUAUCGACUCACUGAGACUGGACACACCCCUAAAUCUCUGUCAUCCUUUGGCGCUGAGCUAUCGGCAUGCUGAUUUAACCACAAACAGAAGCUUGCUGGCACGUACGCUAUUCGAUGUGCUCAAUCAUCAGAUAUUUUACUGUGGUCUGCAUGCCAACAUCAGGUGGCAAUACAGUAUGAAUCGGCCCAGCGUAGUGGAGCACAGCAUUGAUGCGGGCGGCAAGCGUUGCUCACGCAUUAUACUCUGGAAGAAUAUCAAGGAGGUGGGCAUGCUAAUAGAGGGAUUGCUGCAUGAAAUGUGUCAUGCCGCUGCGUUUGUUUUCCACGGCGAAACAGGACAUGGCGACAAUUGUCGCAAGUGGGCAUAUCGAGCUAAAACCCUGUUGCCGGAGCUGCCACAGGUGCCUGAUUGCGAGCCUAGCUACAAAUACAGUUGCCUGCUCUGUGGCAAUCGCUCCACGGGCAGCGUUAAGUUCGAGGAUCAACAGCAGCAGCUGCGUUGCUACUAUUGCCAGUUCGAGCUGCAUGUGGACACCUGCAGCAUUGACAACAUACACAAUCUAUCGCUAACAGAGCAACAAGUCACUCCCUUUAGACAAUAUGUGCGCGAAAAUUACUUGAAAUGUCCAGAGCGAACUUAUAGCGCUAAGCUGACUACACUAAACGCACAGUACAUGGCGCAGGCGGCGGUGAAUCUAGGCAAUUUUAGAUAAUUAAUUAAUCUUAGUUGUUUUUUUUUAAUUGAUCUUAAGUAAUAUUAUUGUGCUUUAAUACACGUACGUACUAUAAAAAACGGUCGACAUGCUUAGCUGAGCUUGUUACAAGCUCAAGCUUCAAAUCGCAUUCUCAACGUCGUGCUCGGUGAUGGCGAAUUGGAUAGCAAAAGAGCAAU